CGAGUUCACCGAUUUUUACAGCCCGUUCCAUAGCAAAGCAGUUGCGGUUUUUUAGUAGAGACGCAGUGCCUUACUGUGUCUGUACCUUUAUUGAUAGGUAGCCGGUGGUCUAGUAGUGUUCGGCAGUAGAGACUCACUCGAGCACUGAACGCCAGGGUUUUUUCGAGGACCGACAUACACACGCAUACCAGUCUGACUGCACUACCGUUUGCGUUUGGAACUCUUUACCGCCCGACGGUCAUGUCCUCCAACGAGUCCACGAAACUGCUCUGGACGGCUGUAGGUGCGGCAAUCGCCGGAGCUGGUGUGGCCGUCGCCGUCCUGAAGUACUCCCCAGCCCGAUAUUCUGCUCCGAAGGACGAGGAACCCUCCUUUCCUCCCCUGCAUCAGAAACGCACUUCGUUCAUUUACGAAAACAACGCGUCCAGCAGCAACAGCGUGAUCUUCCCGCACAAUCACGAAGAACGGAUGCGUCGACAGAUUACCGCCCGUGCCGCCGUCGAAGAAGACAACUUCAUGCCGCGUGACUCGGUCACGGUAAGGGUACCUGCGACUUCGGCCAAUAUGGGACCGGGAUACGAUACGAUUGGCAUGGCCGUGGAUUUGUGGUCUGAAGUCACGGUGGAGCGUGCCGACACGUUCGAAAUUACGGCCGAAGGCGAAGGAGCCACCGAAAUGCCCAAGGACGAAACGAAUUACAUGGUGAUUGGUUGUAAGGCUGCGUUUGAAGCCGCUAACAAACCCUUGCCAAUUCUCAAAUAUCACGUCUUUAGCCGCGUCCCCUUUGCACGUGGACUCGGUUCGUCUAGUGCCGCCAUUGUUGCCGGGAUUAUUGCCGGACUCAUUCUGGCCGGUCACCGAUUGCCGUGCUGGGGGUCGGAGGCCUUGCUACAAAUUGCGGCAGGGAUCGAGGGACAUCCCGAUAACGUUGCUCCCGUCAUCUACGGUGGCAUUCAGGUGGGCAUCCACAAUGGUACUCGGUGGGUGACGGAGCGAGUUCCCUGUCCUGCCGGCUUACAGCUCGUCAUGUUCAUUCCCGACUUUAUCGGUAAAACCUCCGACGCCCGUAGCGUAUUGCAGCCAACCAUCAGCCGAGAAGACGCCGCCUACAACAUAUCCCGGGUUGCCUUUCUAGUCCACGCCUUGUGUGUAGGCAAUUUGGACAAUUUGAAGUGGGGUGUCGAAGAUCGACUCCACCAGCCCCAGCGCGGCGGCAAACUGUACAAGUACCUGUAUCCCAUGAUUGAAGCCGCGGAAAAUGCCGGGGCUGCUUGUGCGUACUUGAGUGGGGCCGGUCCCACCGUCAUGGCUAUUACCGCCGGAGCCAGCGGCGACAUUUUUGCCCAACGUGAAAAGGAACGGUCAGAUCUGGCCGUCGCCAAGGCCAUGCGACAAGCGGCCAAAGAAUUCGGUGUACAGGGUCAAGUGGUUGUCACCAACGUCUCGAACGAAGGGGCGCGCGUGGUCAAGGUUGUCCCGCCGUUUAGUACGGGAGGCAUUACGUACCGUGACAACAUUUAAUGUAGGGAUUUCCGAUACGACCCAGCACUACAAAUCGAUAAUUCUAGAAAAACGCACAAAAC